AUGCUGGCGCCUUGGGCGCCCGCUCUCGCGUUAGUUCUUGCUGCCGCCCAGCGGGUGGUUCCGUCCUGGCGUCAAGUACCGGGCGAUGUCGACUGGUUCGACGGCUGCGGCUAUGGCAACGAGAUCAUUCGAGGGAGCAUCUCUGCAGGACUCGAACACAACAAGGUGCGAAAGCAUGUCGCCAUGUGCUUGUCCCACUGCGGACCUCCUUCCUGUACGCUGAAAGCAGCGGAGACGGACUGCGACUGCUUGAAGUGCACGAUGUUCUGUCUUUCAAGAGGCUCCUAUGUGGAUUCUUGCUUGAACAACCAUACGUACGAUCUCUGCUCGAGCUUUGCGGCCAGCAUCGAACAAGCGAACAGCCGCCUGCUCAGCCUUUGGAAUUCUGAGCAGUUCGAGCACUGCGUCUGCGAGCUGCCAGGUGAACUGCAACGGUGCCCUGAGGCCGCGGCCGAGGCUCCCGGCGGCGCUCGCUCUGAGUCUGAGCCUAUGGAGCCCGGCCGUCGCCCAAGAGCAGCCUUUGAAGAGUUUCUGCUGUGCGGCGCACCAUGGGUUUCAGGCUUGCCAUGGGUGGAGAAGUAUCGGCCGGAGCGAAUCGAGGAGGAGGAAGUGGUCUCUGCAUUGAAGCACAGCCUUCAAACAGGAGAGCUGCCGAACCUCAUGUUCUAUGGGCCUCCCGGAACAGGCAAAACGACGGUGGCCCUGGCAUUGAUGAAGCAAUUCUUCGGCAAGGACUGGCGAUCCCGCGUCAAGGAGCUGAAUGCCUCAGACGAGCGCGGCAUCACUGCCGUCCGAGAAAAGGUGAAGACCUUUGCGCAGUUGGCCAUAGGCGGCGAGAGCCUCGCGGAGUCGAAGGCGCGCUUUCGGGUCAUCAUCUUGGACGAAGCCGAUUCCAUGACGCAUGAUGCUCAGGCAGCUUUGCGAAGGAUCAUGGAGGAGUUCGUGCAUGUCACACGCUUCAUCAUCAUUUGCAACUAUGUGUCCAAGAUCAUCGAGCCCUUGCAUUCUCGAUGCUCCAAAUUCCGGUUUCAGCUGGUGGGUGCCGAGUUCCAGAAAGCCCGACUCCUGCACAUUUGUGAAAAGGAGAAAGUGGCGGUGAGCCCAGGUGCACUUGAGCAGCUGAUCUUCCUCUCCAAGGGAGAUAUGCGGUGCGCUGUAACGAUGCUCCAGACAGCCGUCCAAGUCUACGACAAGGUGGACGAAGACUCAUUAGUUGAGGUCUUCUGUGCUGUUCCCGAGUCCAAGACACGGGAGCUGCUAGCCCGUUGCCGGUCCUCCCAGACGACGGAGCAGGUGCUCGAGGCAGUGCGAGACUUCCUCCUCGAGGGCUUCUCGGGGCUGCAGGUUAUGGAGCAGUUGCAAGAGCUCCUGGCGGAGGACGUGUCGCUCCAAGAUGCAGUGAAGGCCAAGUGUGCCGUGCUCUUUUCGCAGGCCGAGGAGCGCUUGUGCCAAGGCUGCGAUGAGGAGCUUCAGCUCUUUGAGCUCUUCUCCAACCUGCGGCCACUCAUUCAGGCGAGCGCCGCGAGCGCCGGGAGCACCUUGUGCGAGCUCGUCCCGCCUGCAGAGACUUAUUGUCCAGGCCAGAUGAUGCCCUUCAAUUGGCAGAGAGUGCAGUCCGAGCCUGUAGCUCCCGGACGUAGACAGCGUCAAGAACUGCACUCAGGGUGA